AUGAAAUCCAUUGAAGGCGUAGGGAAUAUAUGGCCAGUCAAUACAGAGAAACUGCCUUCUCUCAGCCCCAAGAGGACAGGCAUCUCGGAGACCGAAUUGCACCGUCGACGCUACGAACGAAAUAACCAAGUAAAAGGCUUACCUCGUAACAAUAUUAUUAAUCACAGAUCAGUAGCAGACUUAGAUACUUUAUCCACUCACAUAGAUACUGGAGUUGCAAGACUACGCGCCGAGAAUAUCACUGGUGCAGGUAUACGAGUGGCUGUUCUCCACGGGGGGUUCGAUCUCACUGUGCCAAGCUUGAGCCUAACAAACGUCGACUACACCCAUGAUAUCACAGAUAGUGGCGAUUACGUACAAGACGAGUGCUGGUUUCACGGUACGCACGUUUUGGGGAUUAUAGGCGCCAAAGGUGACGAGGUCGAGUAUAAUGUCAGCGGCGUAGCACCUGAUGCGACGUAUGAGCUGUUCCGUAUCCAGCCCUGCGACUCGUCAUCCGCCACAAAAGAUGCGCGACUAGGUUCGUUAAUUGAUGCUGCGGAUAGGGGCGUUGAUAUAAUCACUUGCUCAUAUGCAAGCCUUGGCGCCUGGCCUGAGGAUCCCUGGACCUCUGUGGCAGAUCGUAUCGCGGCGAAUGGCACACUCGUUUUUUUCCCGGCCGGUAAUCGCGGACCGGGGAUCUUCACCGGCAGCAGCCCAGCCGAUGGUGACUAUGUCACUGCUGUUGGAUCCGUCGACAGCUCCGUGUCCCCAUACUACACAUGGGAGGCCACAUGGUCUACUGUCAAUAAUAGUGCAUCAGGCUCUUUUAGGAUCGUUCCUAGCUCACCUUUUAACUUCCCAAACAACACAAAAUUGACGGUCUGGGCACCCGACGUCCCUGCCUCAGACAACUGCCUACCAAUGCCUGAUAGGUCAUCUCUACCUGAUGAUCUAUUAAAUGUCGUUGUCCUUUCUAAAUAUAAUCAGUGCUGGCUUGAUGCAUGGGGUGGAGCACACUUCCUCACUGAAGCAUUCAACAUUUCCUAUGCUUUGUACUACCCAGGCAAAAGUAACGCGAGCACCUCUAAUGGCCCGCUUUUCGCUAGUUCUGACUUCCAAAACGCCAAAGGCGUCGCUACGGUUGAUUAUGACACAGCCUCCAUGUUACUAGCGGCAAGAAAAGAAUACGGCUCCCUCGAGAUCUCUACUAAUGUAGUUUCCAAUGUAUCGUACAAAGUCAACAGCCUGUCAGGUCUGCUCAGCUCAAAGUUUACGGGCUGGGGCCCUACCCGCCGGGCUCUGUCAAUGCCUUUGUUCCUGGCCCCAGGAGGUAACAUUCUUAGCACACUCCCACAGAGGUUUGGUGGUUUGGGUGUGCUUUCAGGUACUAGCAUGUCUACCCCUUUUGGAGCCGGUGUCGCCGCUCUUGUCAAGCAGAAACACCCUGAAUACUCAGCUGACGAUAUCCGGAAUGUGAUUGCAACAACAGCACGCCCAGUCAAGUGGAAUGAUGCAAAGGGGCAUACACUAGAAUUCUUGGCACCAACCUUACAGCAGGGUGGUGGCCUUGUCGACGCGUGGAGCGCUGUGCAUGCCACCACCUUGCUGAGCACCGCUUCCUUGAGUUUCAACGAUACUGCCUAUCGUGCUACCAACCUUACUUUCAGCAUUAAAAACAUCGGUAAAAAGUCUGCCAAAUACCGACUAAGCCAUAUCGGGGCUGGAUCAUGCUACGUACUAGGAGAAAGUGGCUACAACCUAACAAAAGCAGAGGCUUACCCAGUCUAUGCCAAUAUCCACAUCCAUCCCACAUCUCUUGAGAUCAAGCCCGGGUCUUCAGCCACGGUUUCAGUGUCUGUCAUCAAAGAGCCCGAUCUCUCUGAUGCCACCACUCGCGUCUCGCAUUUCAGUGGUUAUGUUGCCAUCGAGGCUGAAGGGGCGGCUAACAAACUCACGCUGCCAUACACCGGACUAGGAGCUCCCUUUCUUGUGUUACCGGCUAUCAACCGAGACACUAGCAUCCUGUCCGGAUAUAACAUCUCAAAUGACGCGACGAUGUCACUGACUGAGGAACGCAUCUUCAACUGCACUUUAAACACGACUAUGAAUUCGCCAGUUACAUUUCAAGACAGUUUUCACCCUGGCGUUAAGGUUGAUCUUGUUGUUCAGAGUAGAGACUUCGCCCUUAGUAUUGUAGAUACUAGUUCUGGCAAGGAGAUGUUUGUGAUGUCACGUGGUUCAUCUGAAGAUCCUUAUCUGUCGGGUUGGACAUGGUACUAUGAUGGAACUGAUGCAAAUUACUUUCAUUUACCGGCGGGAAGAUAUCACUGGCGGGCAAAGGCACUCAAGAUGACGGGAGACCCCGAGAAAAAGGAAGAUUAUGAUACUUGGGACAGUGGAAGUUGGAUUCUUAGAAUAGUACCUUAA